UCAAGGACUACAGGAACAGUCAGGAUGCCUCUUGAAUGGGUGAUACCAUGGCUCAGCCUGUGUCUUGGACUGUCAGGCGCCACCAACAGUAUGCUACAGGGACAUGAUAACUAUCUGACAGGGACUGAAAUGCCAGUGAUUACAGAAGUGAGACAUUCCGACAACAACCCGUUCUGCAGCACAUGGGGAAACUACCACUUCAGGACGUUUGAUGGGCAUUUUUUCCAACAUCCCUCGACUUGCAACUAUGUCCUUACAUCCCAGUGUAUGGCCAGCUACGAGACUUUCAACAUUCAGAUCAAGCGGCAGCAAGUAAAUGGGGUAACCACCAUCGAGAAAGUCACAAUGAAACUGAGUGGGACCGUGGUGGAAUUGGCCAACACUUCGACCAUAAUUAAUGAUAACUCUGUCUCCAUUCCAUACAGCAAGGCUGGCAUUGAGAUUGUGAAAAGUAGAACUUAUGUUAAACUUAAAGCAUCGCUGGGUCUCGUUUUAAUGUGGAAUCAAGCGUCCUCUCUCUGGGUGGAGCUGGAUGCAAAAUUCGAGAAUCAAACCUGUGGUCUGUGUGGAGACUUCGGUGGAGCACAGCUCAAUGAAGAGUUCAUCCAGUCUGGUCUUGAAUAUGAUGCUGAGAAAUGGAAAGUUGAUGGUCCCACUGAAACCUGUGAAGAGAUCAACACUCAAGUCCCCCGCACUUGUGAAAAUCAGACGGACCUUUGUAAGAACCUCCUGACUGGACCUGCAUUUCUCAGCUGUCAAAACCUAAUAAAUACAGACUUAUUUAUUGAAGCCUGUAUGAGAGACAUGUGCAACUGUAACAGCAACAGCACUUCAUGCAUCUGUUCAACUGUGUCAGAGUAUUCCCGGCAGUGUGCUCAUGCAGGCGGGACACCACAACAGUGGAAGACCGCACAACUGUGUGGCAAACAAUGCCCUUUUAAUAUGGAAUACAUGGAAUGUGAAAGCCCCUGCAUUGACACCUGCAGCAACCCCCAGAGAAGCCAGACGUGUGAUGAGCACUGCAUAGAUGGAUGCUUCUGUCCAUCUGGGACGGUCUUUGAUGACAUUUCAAAAACCGGAUGCAUCACUAUUGACCAGUGCUCCUGCUCUCACCAUGGCCAUUCAUACGAACCUGGGGAAUCAUAUUUUAAGGCCUGUAGAAAUUGCACCUGUGUUAGUGGUAAGUGGAACUGUACGGAUGUGGACUGUCCUGGUAUCUGCUCUAUCCUGGGUGGAUCUCACAUCACCACCUAUGAUGAUAACUUAUAUACUUUCCACGGAGACUGCUCGUACGUUUUAUCCAAGGAUACUAAUGGGACCUUCAGUAUCCAUGGUGAUUUGGCCAAAUGUGACAAAUCAGAUAAAUCAUCUUGUCUGUCUGCUGUCACUCUACUAUACCUUAAGGAUACGAUGAUUGAAAUUAAAGCAAAUGGAGAGGUCCUUCAAAAAACACAAUUGUUUAAGCUCCCUCUCCUCCUGGAUGACAUUACAAUCUUCAGUCCAUCUACAUUUUUCAUUGUGAUCCACACCACCUUUGGGAUUGAUGUUGAGAUUCAGCUCGUACCUCUUAUGCAAGUCUACAUCAAAGCCAAUGUUUCCAUGAAGGGAAAACUCAACGGUCUUUGUGGAGAUUUCAAUGAUGUUCAAAAUGAUGACCUCAGAACUACAAGUGGACUGACUGAGGGAACAGCUGUGACAUUUGCCAACACAUGGAAAGCCAAACCAAACUGCCCCGAUGUGAAACCCACAACUGAUGAUCCCUGCUUUUUAAGUAUUGACAGGGAGAAUUAUGCCAAACACUGGUGCACUCUUCUGUCAGACCCACAUGGGAUUUUUUCAUCUUGCCACUCUGAAAUAAACCCGGCAGAAUAUGAAAAAUUUUGUGUUUAUGACACUUGUGCCUGUGGAAAGAGUGAGGAAUGCAUGUGUGCUGCCCUAUCUGCCUACGUCCACGCAUGUGCCGCUGAAGGCGUCUCACUGAAAGGAUGGAGGGAAACUGUAUGCCAGAAGUACACGACUGACUGCCCUUCUAAUUUUGUGUAUAAGUACAAGAUGACAAACUGUGGUCGUACCUGCCGCUCUCUUAGUCAGUCAGACUUGACAUGUGGGGUUAAUUUUACCCCGCUUGAUGGUUGUGGCUGUGCUCGUGGUACUUAUCUCAAUGAGAAAGAACUGUGUGUACCAGCCUCACAUUGUCCUUGUUAUCUUGGAGAUGAACUGGUACAGUCUGGAAUGAAAAUCAGAGUCAACGGACAAACUUGCUCAUGCAAUAGUGGAGCACUAAGCUGCACAGGAGAGCAGAUAACUGAAACUUGUAACGAGCCAAAGGUUUUCUUCAACUGCUCAAAUGCAAAGCCAAGUGAGAAGGGAUUUGAAUGCCAACGCACCUGCCAGACACUGGACACAGAAUGUGUAAGUAAACAAUGUGUCUCCGGAUGCGUCUGUCCUGAUGGCUUGCUGUCAGAUGGUAAAGGAGGUUGUGUGAAGGAGGAAAACUGUCCUUGUCCAUACAAUGGAGAAUACCAUAAUCCUGGAGAAAAUAUAAAUGUGGGUUGCAAUAAAUGCACGUGCAAAAACAGAAAAUGGGAAUGCACAAAUAAUGAUUGUGGUGGAACCUGUACCGUAUAUGGAGAGGGCAAUUACAUCACCUUUGAUGACAAGAAAUAUGCCUUUAAAGGCGACUGUGGCUACAUUUUCGCCCAGGAUUACUGUGGAGAUGAUAUGAAUGGCACCUUCAAGAUCCAAACUGACCCCAUGGAUUGUGAUCAAACUGACAGCACCUGCUUUAAACCUAUCAAGCUCUUCUUGGGGAAUCAGGAAAUUGAUCUGUCAGCGGAAAAUGUCAAAGUUAAAAAGCAAAGCACAGGGAUAGACAUACCCUGGACUUAUCACAUUAUGGGUUCAUAUCUUGUCAUUGAAGCAAAGAAUGGUCUUGUUCUCAUUUGGAAUAAGAAGACAACACUCAAGAUCAUACUCAACUCCAAAUUCAAUGGUAAAGUCUGUGGUUUGUGUGGAAAUUUUGAUGGUAGUAUCAAGAAUGAUUUAACAACAAGAAAUAAUGAACUUGUGAUUAACGCACUUGAGUUUGGAAAUAGCUGGAAAGUGAACCCUACCUGCCCGAGCGCCAACACAACAGAAACUCCCUGCAGUCUGUGCUCACACAGACAAUCAUGGGCAGAAAAACACUGCAGCAUUAUCAAAAGUCCAGUGUUUGCAGCCUGCCACUCUAAGGUGCCUUUCCAGAACUAUUAUGAUGACUGUGUGAGAGACACAUAUGCGUGCAAUCCUGGGGGAGAUUGUGAAUGUUUUUGCUCAAUCGUUGAAGCCUAUGCAGCGGCCUGUAAUGAAGCAGAAGCCUGUGUGAAAUGGAGAACUCCCAAAAUCUGCCCCAUAUUCUGUGAUUAUUACAAUCCUGAUGAAGAGUGUGAGUGGCAUUAUGCACCAUGUGGAAAACCAUGCCUGAAGACAUGUAGGAAUCCUUCUGGGACAUGCUACAAUAAACUUCCAGCCUUGGAAGGUUGCUAUCCAACUUGCCCACCUGAACGACCUUAUCUGGAUGAAGAUAUCAUGAAGUGUGUGGCGGAAUGUCCAUGCUAUGAUGAGGAAGGCAACCGUUACAAUGAAAGGGACCCCAUGCCUUCAAAUACAAACUGCAAAAACUGUGUUUGUUCUUCAUCAAAGGAAAACUGUACCUAUAAUGUCCAUGCUUGUACCUGUACCUAUAAUGGUACUGAAUACAAAUAUGAUGAAAAAAUCUAUGACACACAUGAUGGAGAUGGCACCUGCUUCACUGCCAUUUGUAGAGAAAAUGGAACUAUUUCCAGGAUAGUGAAGCCUUGUACCACAACAACCCAGAUACCAACAUCUACAACAGCGUUUGUGUUUACCACAAAUGAAACAACCACAGCGCUGCCUGUCACAACAACUCAUGUCCUUCCUACCAUUACAACUGAAGCUAUUACAACAAUUCUGACUUUCUCAACAAGCACUCAUUCAACAAAAUUGAAAACAACAGUGUCACUAUCAACAGGGUUCCCAUCUACACAAAUACCUACAACUACCACAACCACUCAAAUAUCACCAACAACAAUAACACAAAAACCACCCACAACAAUCACAGAAAAACCUAAAACAACGUAUGAAAAACCCACAACAACUACAGCCACAUCCACAAAGAUAAUCCCAACACCGACAGGAACAGAGAAACCCACAACCACUGGUCCAACAGGAAAGACCACAACCAAACUAACAGAAAAAACACCAACACCUACAACAAAAACAACAGAAAAAACACCAACACCAACAAGCACAGAAAAAUCCACAACAGUCACAGAAAAACCGACCACAACGACCAUAAUCACUAAACCUACAACAAAAUCCACAGCUGCCACUGAAUCCACAACAACAGAAGCUACAACUACUCCAGAAAUUGUUACAAAUACAGUGGUUACAACAUCACCAUCAACAGGAAAUGUGCUCUCUCCUACUACGACAAUCACACAAAAGCCUACAACAAAAACAACCCCAGAAACGAUCCAAACAACUACUUCUACCACAGAAAAACCUACAACAACAGUCACAGAAAAACCUACAACAAAGGUAACAGAAAAAACACCAACACCAACUAGCACAGAAAAACCCACAACAACCACUCAAACCCUAAUUACAACCACAGCUACAGAAAAACCAACAACAGCAACUUCUACCACAGAAAAGCCAACAACACCAACACCGACAACAACAGUCACAGAAACACCUACUUCAACAACUCCUGGCUGUUACAUUUGCAAGUGGUCAGAUUGGCUCAAUAAUCAUUACCCUGGGCAAACUCCAAAUGAUGGAGACUAUGAAACAUUUGAAAAUAUUCAUAAUCCAGAUGGUAGUCAGUGCAAAACCGCUCUGGAAAUAGAAUGUCAAGCUAAAGGCUAUGAAAAUACCUCUUUGACAGACCUAGGACAAAAUGUAAAAUGUGACAAAAAAGAUGGACUGAUCUGUCAUAACAAGGAUCAAAUACCUCCUAAAUGUUUUGAUUACGAAAUACGGGUCAAGUGCUGCAUGUAUAUUUGUGGAACUACAAAAUCAACCACCCCAGUAACAACAACGGCCCCUAGAACUAGUACAGUCACAGAAGGAUCUACCACGAAAACCAUAACUACAGAAAAACCUACAACAACAGUCACAGAAAAACCUACAACAAAGGUAACAGCAAAAACACCAACACCAACAAGCACAGAAAAACCCACAACAACCACUCCAACCCUAAUUACAACCACAGCUACAGAAAAACCAACACCUACAACAAAAACAACAGAAAAAACACCAACACCAGCAAGCACAGAAAAAUCCACAACAGUCACAGAAAAACCGACCACAAUGACCAUAAUCACUAAACCUACAACAAAAUCCACAGCUGCCACUGAAUCCACAACAACAGAAGCUACAACUACUCCAGAAAUUGUUACAAAUACAGUAGUUACAACAUCACCAUCAACAGGAAAUGUGCUCUCUCCUACUACGACAAUCACACAAAAGCCUACAACAAAAACAACCCCAGAAACGAUCCAAACAACUACUUCUACCACAGAAAAACCUACAACAACAGUCACAGAAAAACCUACAACAAAGGUAACAGCAAAAACACCAACACCAACAAGCACAGAAAAACCCACAACAACCACUCAAACCCUAAUUACAACCACAGCUACAGAAAAACCAACAACAGUAACUACUACCACAGAAAGGCCAACAACACCAACACCAACGCCAACAACACCAACACCGACAACAACAGUCACAGAAACACCUACUUCAACAACUCCUGGCUGCUACGUUUGCAAGUGGUCAGAUUGGAUCAAUAAUCAUUACCCUGGGCAAACUCCAAAUGAUGGGGACUAUGAAACAUUUGAAAAUAUUCAUAAUCCAGAUGGUAGUCAGUGCAAAACCGCUCUGGAAAUAGAAUGUCAAGCUAAAGGCUAUGAAAAUACCUCUUUGACAGACCUAGGACAAAAUGUAAAAUGUGACAAAAAAGAUGGACUCAUCUGUAAUAACAAGGAUCAAAUACCUCCUAAAUGUUUUGAUUACGAAAUACGGGUCAAGUGCUGCAUGUAUAUUUGUGGAACUACAAAAUCAACCACCCCAGUAACAACAACGGCCCCUAUAACUAGUACAGUCACAGAAGGAUCUACCACGAAAACCAUAACCACAGAAAAACCUACAACAACAAUCACAGAAAAACCUACAACAAAGGUAACAGAAAAAACACCAACACCAACAAGCACAGAAAAACCCACAACAACCACUCAAACCCAAAUUACAACCACAGCUACAGAAAAACCAACAACAGCAACUUCUACCACAGAAAAGCCAACAACACCAACGCCAACAACCCCAACACCGACAACAACAGUCACAGAAACACCUACUUCAACAACUCCUGGCUGCUACGUUUGCAAGUGGUCAGAUUGGAUCAAUAAUCAUUACCCUGGGCAAACUCCAAAUGAUGGAGACUAUGAAACAUUUGAAAAUAUUCAUAAUCCAGAUGGUAGUCAGUGCAAAACUGCUCUGGAAAUAGAAUGUCAAGCUAAAGGCUAUGAAAAUACCUCUUUGACAGACCUAGGACAAAAUGUAAAAUGUGACAAAAAAGAUGGACUGAUCUGUCAUAACAAGGAUCAAAUACCUCCUAAAUGUUUUGAUUACAAAAUACGGGUCAAGUGCUGCAUGUAUAUUUGUGGAACUACAAAAUCAACCACCCCAGUAACAACAACAGCCCCUAGAACUAGUACAGUCACAGAAGGAUCUACCACGAAAACCAUAACCACAGAAAAACCUACAACAACAGUCACAGAAAAACCUACAACAAAGGUAACAGAAAAAACACCAACACCAACAAGCACAGAAAACCCCACAACAACCACUCAAACCCUAAUUACAACCACAGCUACAGAAAAACCAACAACAACAACUUCUACCACAGAAAAGCCAACAACACCAACGCCAACAACACCAACACCGACAACAACAGUCACAGAAACACCUACUUCAACAACUCCUGGCUGCUACGUUUGCAAGUGGUCAGAUUGGAUCAAUAAUCAUUACCCUGGGCAAACUCCAAAUGAUGGAGACUAUGAAACAUUUGAAAAUAUUCAUAAUCCAGAUGGUAGUCAGUGCAAAACCGCUCUGGAAAUAGAAUGUCAAGCUAAAGGCUAUGAAAAUACCUCUUUGACAGACCUAGGACAAAAUGUAAAAUGUGACAAAAAAGAUGGACUGAUCUGUCAUAACAAGGAUCAAAUACCUCCUAAAUGUUUUGAUUACGAAAUACGGGUCAAGUGCUGCAUGUAUAUUUGUGGAACUACAAAAUCAACCACCCCAGUAACAACAACGGCCCCUAUAACUAGUACAGUCACAGAAGGAUCUACCACGAAAACCAUAACUACAGAAAAACCUACAACAACAGUCACAGAAAAACCUACAACAAAGGUAACAGAAAAAACACCAACACCAACAAGCACAGAAAAACCCACAACAACCACAGAACAGCCCAGAACAACUCCAUGUUCCUGCAAGUACUUCAAUCAGGCUUUCUCUCCUGGUAGCUUCAUGUACAAUAAAACUGAUGCCGGAGGCUGGUGUUUCACUGCAUAUUGCAAUUUAACAUGCAAUGUAGAAAAGCAUGCCAGACCAUGUCCCUCUACAACUCCACCUCCAACUACUACACGAAGUGCUGGCUCUACAACACACAGUGGCAAAACAGCAUCUACUGUUAAGCCUUCUAAAGACUGUUUAUAUCUCAAUCCACCUAGAAAGAAUGGUGAGUCCUGGAAACCAGACAAGUGCAGCACAAAAACAUGUGUAGAUGGCAACCUUACCAUAUCAUAUGUACCUUGUGAUCUAAAGCCCACUCCUGUUUGUGAGAAUGGGUACAAACCAAUAAGGGUUAAUGAUACAACAGGCUGCUGUUUUCAUGAGGAGUGUCGAUGUAUUUGCUCUGGCUGGGGAGAUCCUCAUUAUGUGACAUUUGAUGGCCUUUAUUACAGUUUUCAGAAAAACUGCAUAUACGUCUUGACCAAAGAGAUCAUUCCAAAGUACAAUUUUACAGUUCUUAUUGACAAUGAAAACUGUGAUGCCUCUGGAACUGUGACCUGUCCUAAAGCCUUGAUUGUGUAUUACAAAAACUAUGAAGUCAUUCUCACACAGAACAAAAAACCAAAAGUGGAGAACAUCGUGUACAUAAAUGGAGAGCGGAAAAUUCCAAGCUACUUGAAUAAAGACCUCACCAUCACAAGCGCAGGAAUUGAGCUUCUUUUAACGAUCCCAGAAAUUCAAGCUGUUGUGAUGUUUAAAGGACUUUCAUUCUACGUUGACUUACCAAUGUCACUUUUCUACAGCAACACAGAGGGACACUGUGGCACCUGUGACAAUAACACCAAAAAUGACUGCAGAUUGCCAAAUGGCAAGAUUCACCCAUCAUGCUCUGAAAUGGCAUAUUAUUGGAAUGUAACUCAUAAGUAUGAACCAAGCUGCAAGCCCCCGCCUCCACCUCCAUUUCCACCUCCACCUACACCUCCAGUAUCUUGCAAUACUCAGAUGUGUGAAAUUCUUAACAGCGAGGUGUUUAAAGAGUGCAGAGAAAAGAUAUCACCGAAGCCGUAUUAUGAGGCCUGUAAAUUUGACAUUUGCCACAUGAAAAAGGUUACCAUGGCUUGUCCCAGCUUGGCAGAGUAUGCCUCGAGAUGUGCAGAUGAAUCUAUUUGUGUAGCCUGGAGAAAUGCAACAAAUGGACAGUGUGAAUUUCAAUGUCCAGGAAACCAAGUCUACAAGCCUUGUGGGUCGACUUUCCUACCAACUUGCAAUGCAAGAUCAAAUGAAAAGUAUACACAGGAAUGCCAAGGAGAAGACGGUGACAAGAUGGCAGUUUGCAAGGCAUCUAAGGAGGGAUGUUUCUGCCCAGAGGGAAUGACUUUGUUCAGUAAAACCUCUGACACCUGUGUCUCCAGCUGUUGUUUUGGACCUGAUGGCCAACCUAUACAGCCGGGUGAGAAGUGGAAGAUUGGUUGUCAAGAGUGUGCUUGUGAUGAAGAGACUGAAACUGUUGAGUGCCAGCCUCUCAUAUGCCCCACUGACAAACCAAUACAGUGCACCAAAGAAGGCGAGGUGCUUGAGAUUCAAACAAUUGACUGUUGUAACAGACAGACAUGUGUGUGUGAUAAGAAUCGCUGCUCACCAAAGACGUGUGAAUUAGGAUUUGAGUUGAAGGUCCAUGUUUCAAAUGAAAGCUGUUGCCCUGUCUACAGCUGUGUACCCAAAGGAGUCUGUGUCUACAAUGACACUGAAUACAAGCCAGGUAAAUCUUUCUUCAAAAGUCCAUGUGAGCCCUGCAAAUGCACCGAAAACCAAGAUCCCAGCACCAAGCUCAACACCUACAAGUGUGAGCAGAAACAGUGCAACAUGUCAUGUGAAGAGGGAACUGAGGAAAGGGACAUGAAUGGCUGUUGUGGAACCUGUACUCCACGUCGCUGUCAGCUAAACAAGAACACCACAUACCUGAAGACAGAGGACUGCACCUCAACUGUGCCGGUGGAGCUGACAACCUGUGAGGGAUCCUGUGGAGCCUCCUGGUCAAUGUACUCAGCAAAGGCAAACAGUUUGAUGCAUUCGUGUACCUGCUGUCAAGAAAUGGCCACCAGCGAGAAGAAAGUGGAGAUGAGUUGCUCUGAUGGCAGCAAAAUCUUGCACACCUACAUAUCAAUAGACAAGUGUGGGUGUCAACUUGCUGAAUGUAAAGAGCUCACCAAACAUUAAUGCAGAACAUGUCAAAGGCAGAAUUAAAAUUAACAUGUCAUGCUGAAAGCUGAUUAUUCUUUUCAUAACUUCUUAACACUUUGCAUUUCAAGACCAACAAAGACACACUCAUCUGUAUUAAGCAGAUCCAAAUAUUAGAAACUUGUCAAACAACUGUACUUUGCUGGUCAGAAAUUUCCUUAAAUAGUUAAACUGGUUAUUUGGGCUUUUACUAUACCUGUCAACACUUUUUGUGUACUGUCUAUGUGCAAUAAUCACUAUAAUGUGAUGUUUCAAACUUCUCUCUUUAAUGCCAUUAAAGCUUAUAUUCAUGAUGA